GUAGCGUUUUAUAAUAUGAAUUAUAUUAGGACUAGGUGUUACGAGGUAAAAUCAUAAUUUUGUUGAAGAUUAUUGUUUAAAAACGGUACCCCAGCCCCGCCCGAUGAUAUUUUCUCUCUGGGCGGUUCAGUGUAUGGGUUGGAGUGGUUUGAGGCAGUCCCGGGGAAGGUAUUUAUACGGAAUAUGCGGCCGGGGUGGCGAAACGGGGGAAGCGCUCCGCUGGGAGGGACGGCAGCGCGCUGUCCUUGUCCGUAUGGAGGUUGAGAGGGGAAUGGGGCAGUACGGGGGUACAGAGAGGGGCAACGGUUUGUGGGGGUGCUACCAUCGUAUGCGUACGAACGCGAAUUGGAAUAGAGGAGGGAAGAAAUCCCCCUAACCCCUACCCCAAGGAUACCCAAAGUAAUCUCAUUAUUCUCUCAGGAUCAUUACGGUGGACGCAGCUGUCUCAGCGGCUGGGUAGCUCGCUCGGGUGCAACCGGCCAUAUGGAUCGCGUUCAUUUCUCUCUUUUUUUUUUUGGCAAACUCACUUUAUCAGGGAGUCUAACGGAGCAUUUUUAGAUACGUCUUCAGAUGAACAGUAAUUAUAAUUGCUGUGAUCCCGUGGGUGUUUCAUUCCUCGGCCGCAGAAUGGAGCAGGGGCAUCUGCUGUUAAUGAAAUACUGGCACCGCUUGCCCGUUUGGCGAUUUAGGAAUAUGCUGAACCCAGGAAACUGGCUGUUUUCAGACCAGACUCUACUAUGCAUGGGUUCAGGUCUUUCGUUCAGUGAGAGCUCCAAACCCUCCCAGUGACGGCACAAUGGCCAGUGCGCAGGUGAGUCUGAGGCCCAGCCACAAGGAGGUGCCGUUGCCCAGGGGCGGCUCUAGGCGCCCGUCUCGGACCCGGGUCACGGAGGUGCCCCUUAAGAAGCGCCUCACGGCAGAGAUCAGCCUGAAGCAGCACCGGGGCCCCCCAGGGGGUGCCAAGAUCAAGAGGGAAUGUCUGGAGGAGAAGGAGGAGGCGCAGCAGGAAGAGGAGGCGGGCUGGGGCCACGCCCUGGACCUGAGCCCAGGCAUCCGCCACACACUGGCCCAGUUCACACUGAGUAGUCAGAGCUCGCUGGGGGGGCCAGCGGCCUUCUCAGCACGCGGGGGGCGGGAUGAGGCGACAGUGGUGCCGCCCCCCCUGCCGCCACCGCCGGCCGGGCCCUUGCUGGCGCCCUGCGACAGCUCGGCGGAGCUGAAGCACACAGUGCUGGAGGGGGAGCCCAUCUCGUGCUUCACAGUGGGUGGUGAGAAGAGGCUCUGUCUGCCGCAGGUGCUGAACUCAGUGCUGCGCGCCUUCUCACUGCAGCAGAUCAAUGGCAUCUGCGACGAGCUCUACGUCUACUGCUCACGUUGCCGUGGCGACCAGCUGCACGCACUCAAGGAGUCCGGCGUGCUGCCCCCGGAUGCGCCAUCCUGCGGCCUCAUCACGUUGACCGACGCUCAGCGCCUCUGCAACGCUCUGCUGCGCCCCGGUCGGCCGGCGCCUCCCACCACCCCCCCAGUGCCCUUCCCACUCCGAGAGGGCGGGUCCACCUUCCAGGUGGAGCACCGGUGCCUGGGCAAGGGGCGGGGCCUGUUCGCAGGACCGCUUUAUGAGCACCCCAAUGCCCCCUGCAUACAGUGCGCGCAGUGCGGCCUGCUUUUCUCUCCGCGCCGCUUCGUCAUGCACUCGCACCGCCCCCCCGACCGCCGCACCUGCCACUGGGGCUUCGACUCGGCCCGUUGGCCACGCUACCUGCAGCUGGGCCGCAAGUACCUCGGCACAGCACAGGAGGUGCCGUACAGGAAGCUGCUGGACGAGAUGAAGGAGAAGUACAGCCAGAGGAGCCGCAAGAGGCCCCAUGACGCGGACGACGAUGAUGAGGAGGGGGAUGAAGAGGCCCAGCUGAAGCGCUGCCACAAGCCGUAUGAUGGUGAUGCUGACCAAAAGGCCGCCAGCCGCCCGGAUGUCAAGGAGGAGCCGUGCCUCACCACCGUCACGACACCCAGCUACUUCCUGUACAGGUGCGAGGAAGGGCAGACGGCACCGGGCAAGGCAGGGGCUCCAGACGGCGUGGGGGUGCUGAGCGCUCUGCUGAAACAGCACUACAGCCUGCAGGGGGCGCCGGCACCGGCUGUGGCAGAUGGUGAAGCUGCAUACCAGCACGCUGACUGGCGCCAGCUCCAGCCCGUCGCCAUGGAGAUGUGGCGCGGCAAGAGCGCCCACACGGUGCCUGCCGCCGAGGACAGGGAGCGCGUGGCCCUGGAGAUGGUGCAGCUGUACAGCAGGCAGCAGGAAGUGCUCAGGAGGACCUUGCAGAAGCACAAGCAGCUGGAAAUGGAAUUAGAGGUGUUACGCAGGCAUGGAACUGGGGACCAGCAGAAGCCACUGAAGAUGGACCGUGCUGAGCGCACUCAGGCAGAGAAGGCAGAUUGCACCGAACAUGCUCAGAUAGAGCAGGAGGAGGACCUCACCGAGAGCGCUCAGACAGAGAAAGUGCCAGUCUGCACUGAGCGUGGUCAGACAGUGAAAGCAGCAGACCGCACUGAGCAUGCUCAGAUGGAGCAGGAGGCAGACUGCACUGAGCAUGCUCAGAUAGAGCAGGAGGCAGACUGCACUGAGCGCUCUCAGACGGAGCAAGAGGCAGAUUGCACCCUGAAGAGCGGAGAGCAGAAAUCAGAGUUGGGAAGGCAGCGGGCCUGUCAAUGCCUCCACAGCAGGGAGUCACCGCCAGAGGCCCACUACGCAGCACAGCUGUCGGAGCUGCGGCGGAGGCUUGACCGGGCGGAAGAGGACCGGGAGGAGCUGCAGGAGGCAUUGCGGCAGGAGAGGGAGGCCCGUGAGCGACUGGAACGCGUCAUUGCACAGCUCCGCCAGCAGCUGUCCGAGCCCCACCCUGUCACUGGGCCGACAGAUCCUGCCGGCAGCCCUGCCCCCAGCUAGAGCCCGGCACCAGUGCAGAGCACCCACACCAGAGUGCCGCGAUUCCGCGCUGUUUGUGUUACCAUGGAGACUGCACAGUAUUUUCUAGAAAAACAUUUUUUUGUGGUUUGCACCGUCAUUGUUUCCUAAAGGGUCACAUUUUUCAAACGGGAAGAAAAACACAAGGGAAUGUUUUGUUCCCGGUCCGCAGUGGUACUUAUGUUUAUUUUGGGAGGGCAGAGACAUCACACUUGCAAGGGACAGAUGUGCAAACCGCCCCUUCUCCUGGAGACCUGCUUAAGCCACCGUCUCAGGUUUUACGACAGAUUUUAGCAGAUUUAACAGGUAACUGAGAAUGUUGGGAGGUGCUAUAGGCAGACGCUAAGAAUGAUGUAAUGCCGGGAUUUUUGCAAUGUCAGCUUUAAAAGGUGAAACGUACCGUGAGACACGUUUAUCGACUGUGCUGCUGGAGAGGGGUCAUGUUCAGGAUGGUGGGGGGCUGCGUGGGUAUGGCUUGUCUUAUAGGGCUGAGCUUCUGCUCUGAUUGCUGCUGGUUAGCUGCUUUGCACAGUUGACAGCCCCAGCUGUGCCUGCACGUGGGUGUCUACCUGUGACCGGGUGGAGCCAAUGAGGGGGGGAUGGGGUGCUGCCCUGUAAACAAGAGACACGAUGCACCUGUUGCUGUCAGUCUUUAACAAUUAAUGAUUUAAUUAUUAUGCUACACUCACCCCCAGGACUGACUUCCCUUUAUUUUUUUAACUUAGCCAGUAGGGAGUGUGGGGUACUUUCUGUUCCUUAUUAUUAUUAUCCAUCCAUCCAUUUUCCAAACCGCUUAUCCUACUGGGUCGUGGGGGGUCCGGAGCCUAUCCCGGAAGCAACGGGCAUGAGGCAAGGAACAACCCAGGAUGGGGGGCCAGCCCAUCACAGGGCACACUCACGCACCAUUCACUCACACAUGCACACCUACGGGCAAUUUAACAACUCCAAUUAGCCUCAGCAUGUUUUUGGACUGUGGGGGGAAACCAGAGUACCCGGAGGAAACUCCACGAUGACAUGGGGAGAACAUGCAAACUCCACACACAUGUGACCCAGGCGGAGACUCGAACCCGGGUCCCAGAGGUGUGAGGCAACAGUGCUAACUACUGCACCACUAUUAUUAUUAUUAUUAUUAUUAUUAUUAUUAUUAUUAUUAUUAUUAUUAUUAUUCCAGAUUCUGAUUUGACCCUGUUACUGCUGUAAUAUGUGUGCUUAUUAUUUGUCUUUUUACAGUUUAUCCAAACACUAAAAGAGUAAUUACUUUUCACUUUAAAUUCACUCUAAGGAAAAUCAAUAUAUUGAUACCAUAAUGCGAUUGCAUAUAGAGUAAAUGCCUCCCUGAAAUAUUUAAUAUAUGAAGUGAUGAAGAUUUAUAUUGACUUUGUAUAUAGGCAGCAGUCUAAUGUUAUCAGCUACCUUCCUUGGUGAAGGUGGUGGAGGCAUCAGCGCACCACCAGGAGGCAGUGUGGUGCUUUCUUUCAAUUUCGAAGCUGCAGCCGCGUAAGGUGGUUUUGCGUGUCAGGCGUGUCUACUGUCUGAAGAUCGUCUGCCCCGAUUGCAGUGGAAAACUCGAUCCACUAGGGGGCCCGCCUCCCUUUUAUGCGCCGCCUUUACUUUCUACGCAGAGCGCCACCUGGAUGUUUGCCGUUUCGGUGUAUUACUGUUGUCAGUUAAUAAAAAAAUGAACUCAUAAUAAAAUAUUGUUUUUCUAUA